UGCACCCCUGAUGGCUCAGAAGUGGACGUGGAUGUGGUCGAGAACGAGGAUGGCACCUUUGACAUCUUCUAUACAGCCCCGCAGCCAGGCAAAUAUGUGAUCUGUGUGCGCUUUGGUGGCGAACAUGUGCCCAACAGCCCCUUCCAAGUGACGGCUCUGGCUGGGGAACAGCCCGCGGCACAGUCCCCGUUACGGCCUCAGCAGCUGGCCCCACAGUACACCUACGCCCAGGGCGGCCAGCAGACCUGGGCCCCAGAGAGGCCCCUGGUGGGUGUCAACGGGCUGGAUGUGACCAGCCUGAGGCCCUUUGACCUCGUCAUCCCCUUCACCAUCAAGAAGGGCGAGAUCACCGGGGAGGUUCGCAUGCCCUCAGGCAAGGUGGCACAGCCCUCCAUCACUGACAACAAGGACGGCACCGUGACCGUGCGCCAUGCGCCCAGCGAGGCCGGGCUGCACGAGAUGGACAUCCGCUACAACAUGCACAUCCCAGGGAGCCCCCUGCAGUAGAGCCCUCAGAGUUUA